AUGUCCUUGCCUCCUUUCCUUCGGCAUUGUAAUCUACGCAACGGUACAUCGUACCAUGAGGCAAUAUUUUUUCACGACGAUCUGGGGCCCGCACAUGCUUUGUGGUGGCCGUCCCUCCUGCGCGCGAACGACAACCAGAACCUAACUGUAUUGCUUUUCAUUCCUGGAAACCCUGGGUUGGUCGGCUUCUACGCGCCCUUUCUGCAGGAGAUAUGGGAUGCCGCGAAGUUCUCGGGCAAGCAUCUCGCCAUACUGGCUCAUGGUCACCUUGGACAUACGCCCUUCAAAUUCGAGAGUGAUCAACAGAUAUCAAUUAAACACAAUAUCAGCUUGGCAGCCCAGGUAGCAAGUGCGACGGAAGCCUUUGAUGCGAUACGUUCGCACUUCGGCGCAAAAUGCGAGAUCCUUCUCGUCGGUCACAGCGUGGGCGCAUGGAUUACAAUGCAGGUUAUGAAAUCAAGAGGGGAAGACGUCGCGGGAGCUUUCCUUCUGUUCCCCACCAUUACACACAUCAAGGAUACACCCAACGGGCGUUCCCUGUCGAUGCUCUUCCACCCCCCUUUGCCUGCGAUUGUCUCCCGUUUAUCGACAGCACUUCGACUGCUUCCCACACGUGUUCUUGCGUUUCUGUUUUCCGAUUGGCCUCAUGACCAGCUGCUUGUCUUGCAGAACUUCCUUCACAGCUCUUCCUGCGUAUACGCGUCCUUAUCUAUGGCGCACGAGGAAAUGCUGUCCAUCACGGAUCUUGACAUAGUGCUUGUGGACAGCUUUAAAGACAAGCUGUGGGUUUAUCUCGCUGAAAAAGAUGACUGGGUCGGCCCCCAUAACAAAGACACGAUCUUGAGGGCAUUCGCGCCUGUGGAAGCUGAACAUCAUGGAAGCGUGAAAAUCGUGCAUGGCCGCGAAGAUAUCCCGCAUGCAUUCUGCAUAAAUCACGGCAAACAUCUCGCAGAUCAGUGCUUUUUGUGGCUUACUGAGGGAGAGCUCCUAUGAUGAACCAGCCGAAACGGCGUGGAACUUGCCGGUAGCUUAUGGCGCUUCAGAACGUGAUCUAGACAAUAGGCCGUUCUUUGACGAGUCGUAACAACUGCAUUGGUAGACAAGAGUACCCGUCGGCAGUGGACCAUUCCUUUAGCAAGGCGAUACCGUCCAUUACCUCCGCGAUGUUCUCCGACAUUUUACGCUCAGCUAUCAAGCACCCACAAAAGCUCGCAAUCGCGAUGCCUCUUGAUAUAUUCUUUUAUUCUCCUUGUGCAGGUGUCUGCC